AACAGAACGUUAAAAAUGAAGAUUUGUUUCUAAAAAGUUUAGAAUCAUUAGGUCUUGUAUUGAUUAAUUGGUGAAAAUUCUAAUUUACGUUGAGUGAAAAUGGAUUCUCUCAGUCUGGAACAACUAAUGAUACGAAGUAUCGAACACUGCCUAGUGCCUAAACUAAGCAGAGACUUCGAAGAAUGUGAAACUCAUGGGGAGUUCGACAUUUACAAAAAUCGAUUCUCUCAACAUUUCUACGAACUAAUAAAAUUGUUGGAUGAUGCUGAUUUAAAGGAGAAUUUGAAAGGAUCUACGCGAAUUAUUGCUUACUUAUGGAUCUUGUAUGUGGAUUUGCAAACUAACAUUCUUUGGACUACCGAGGUGAUCACCGAGUACACCAACAAGUUUAACGCAUCUUUCGAGCUUAUUUACGGAGUAAAACUAGAUGAUGUGUUGAAAGCGGAGCAGCUUGACCGCCAGGCCAUAUUCGAUAAGGCUAUGGAGGAGCUCCACCAAAAAUUGACUCCUGAAAAUUUCAAGAAGUACCCAAGUCUCAUUGAUGUCUAUAACUCGAUCAUUCAGGAUGUAAAAGAUUUCAAGAUCCAAGUGAAUCUCGUGAAAACUCUACCGAUUGCACUGCUCCUGAUUGAAGAUUUUGUGCCAACCAAUAGAAUUAGUGGGCUCAAAAGUUGUGCCUCCAUUUUGCAACAUGUGGAGCCAAAUGUCUUUGACACAGGCAACUACUAUGAGGUAAUCCAUGGCACUCUGCUGAAGGCCUUCACAGAACGUGACGCAGAGGUCACUAACUUGGUGAUUGGAAGUUUGCUGCAACUUCUGCUGCUAUUACCGGACAGUGUGAAGGAGCAGAAGACUGACGAAACCUAUGCUCUAACACUUGAACAAGUUCUGAAUGAGUCUAAUGUAUACAGAAAACUGAAUCUGUACAGAUUCACUACGAAAUUGAUCCAAAUGCUUCGCACCAAAUGCGCUAAGAGACGCAGGUUUCACUUAGCUAUUGUUGAUGGAAUUAUUUUGUGCUGCAAUAAAGACAUUCAGGAUGUGCUCCUGAAUGAUGUUUUAGAGUGUCUCAAAGAAUGGAUAAAGCACACUUGGUGUGUGUGGAACCUGCAGACCGACUACAGGAUUCUUGCUGAAAUGAUGAAGCUACAGUGCGCUUCAAAGCCAGAGAACUGCAGGAAAGUCGUGAAGCUCAUCGCUACACUGAUCACAAUUUGUACUGAGGAUGAACAGCUUAGCAUUGUGAAAUGUUUGGAACAGCCACCGAGGCAGUUCACUGACAGAGUUGAAGAGGUAUAAAUGGGACAGAUUAGUACCAUUUAGUCUGAAGGUGGACUGUCACCCUGAAUAAGCCAUCCUAAUAAUAAUACCUCAAGUUUGCAAAAGCAGAUCAACAAGUGUCUAAAAUGCUAUGCCGAAGAAGAAUGACUCCUGAAUAAAAGGGCCUGAUGAUGCGCGGUGACUUAGUUUCCAAUAGAAUAUUCACGAUGUUGCAAAGUUUCCCCGCGGGCAACUUACGCAGCUCCGUGUUUUUCUCAAGUAAUAACAUUUCAAACCACUUUUUUCCACUUCACGGUGAAAACUUCGACUUCUAAAC